UGAACGCCCGCCGUCCACACGCGGUGUACCGCUCAACGCUGCUAACCGUCUAACUCAGCUAGAACAAACUAUGGCGGGCGUGUUUGUACCAAACGAGCGGGUGCUGUGCUACCACGGGCCACUCGUGUACGAGGCGAAGGUACUCAAGAUGGAGCAUUGGGACGAGGCGAGCACGAAGCUGGGCUCGGUUGGCCCGCACUAUUUCGUGCACUACAAGGGGUGGAAACAGACAUGGGAUGAGUGGGUGCAACCAUCGCGCCUGCUGAAGUUUAACGAGACGAACAUCGCUCUGCAGAAGGCUCUGCAGGCGCAGGCGCAGGCAGCUCAGGGAAGCGCGUCUGCAUCCGCGGCGAAGGGUACGGGAAAGGCGGCGGCGGCGAGGGAGACGGGGCGAGGAGGCCGAAAAGAUGGUGGGACGAGAGGGGUGAAGCGCGGGAGGGAAGAGGAUGACAAUAGCAAGCGGCCGGAGAUGAAAUUGAAUGUCCCGGAGAGCCUGAAAGUGCUGUUGGUGGAUGACUGGGAGGCGGUAACGAAGAACAACCAGCUUGUCAGCCUUCCGCGCUCCCCAAAUGUGAUAGAGCUGCUGGAGGAGUUUAAAAACUAUGUUCUCAAAGAACGCCCUCCACAUCUGAAAGACCCGGUGACACUGCUCCCGACACUCAUCGCGGGGCUGCAGACGUAUUUCGACCGUGCGUUGGGCGCGAACCUGCUGUACCGCUUCGAGCGGCCACAGUACGCGGAGAUCCGCAGGAAGUAUGUGACGGGCCCGACGGUCAAGGUCGGUGAGGAGAAAGAAAUGAGCGCAAUAUACGGCGCGGAGCACCUCCUGCGGAUGCUUGUGAGCCUCCCACAGAUGGUAGCAAGCUCGAGCAUGGACAACGAGUCGGUCGGACUUGUGCGUGACUACGUGAACGAGUUGAUGGUGUACAUGGCAAAGGAGCAGCAUCGGAUAUUCGUACCAGAGUACGAGAGCGCGAGUUUAGCGUACCAGAACAUCUCCCGCUCCUGAUUUAUGUGGAUCUGUGACUAUAAUAACAGCGUGACCAUGCGUGACCCUCCGCGGAUGGAUGACGUCACGCGGAUUCAUGAC